CUGCAGCAGCCGGUGACUCUGGAAGCUUCUAACGGAGACCAGGGGGAACACGCCUCAAUCUAAGUCCAUCCGAGGCCGAACCGCGGGGUUUCAGCCACGGGCUCGCACCCACUCCUCUCUAAAGCCUCCUGUGACCUUUUUCCACCGUAUAUAAAAACGACAUGCCCGAAGCCAUGGCGGUACCGAGAGCAUCAAGCGCAGGCAACAAAGGAGGGGCGUAUGUGGACCGCGACAAGCCGGCCCAGAUCCGCUUCAGCAACAUCUCUGCUGCCAAAGCUGUGGCAGAUGCCAUCAGGACCAGUCUGGGACCCAAAGGAAUGGACAAGAUGAUCCAGGACGAGAAAGGCGACGUGACGAUCACAAACGACGGAGCCACCAUCCUGAAGCAGAUGCAGGUGCUGCACCCUGCAGCCAAAAUGCUGGUGGAGCUGUCCAAAGCCCAGGACAUUGAAGCCGGCGAUGGCACCACGUCUGUGGUGGUGAUCGCUGGAGCUCUGCUGGAUGCCUGCUGCAAGCUGCUGCAGAAAGGUAUCCACCCCACCAUCAUUUCGGAGUCCUUCCAGAAGGCGGUGGAUAAGGGCGUGGAGGUGCUCACCGGCAUGAGCCGUCCAGUGGAGCUGAGCGACCGCGAGACGCUUCUCAACAGCGCCACCACAUCGCUCUGCUCCAAGGUGGUAUCGCAGUACUCCAGCCUGCUGGCGCCCAUGAGCGUGGACGCCGUCAUGCGGGUCAUCGACCCGGCCACGGCCACCGGCGUCGACCUGCAGAACAUCAAGAUCAUCAAGAAGCUUGGAGGGACCAUUGAUGACUGUGAGCUGGUGGACGGGCUGGUGCUAACUCAGAGGGUGGCCAGCACCGGCGUGACCCGCGUGGAGAAGGCUAAAAUCGGCCUCAUCCAGUUCUGCCUGUCCCCACCCAAAACUGAUAUGGACAACCAGAUCGUGGUGUCAGACUAUGCUCAGAUGGACCGGGUGCUGCGGGAGGAGCGCGCCUACAUCCUCAAUCUGGUGAAGCAGAUCAAGAAAGCCGGCUGCAACGUGCUGCUCAUCCAGAAGUCCAUCCUCAGAGAUGCCCUGAGUGACCUCGCUCUGCACUUCCUCAACAAGAUGAAGAUCAUGGUAAUGAAGGAAAUCGAAAGAGAGGACAUCGAGUUCAUCUGCAAGACCAUUGGCACAAAGCCCAUCGCCCACAUUGACCACUUCACUGCAGAGAUGCUUGGCUCAGCGGAGCUGGUAGAGGAGGUCAGCCUGGACGGCUCUGGGAAACUGGUCAAGAUCACAGGCUGCAGCAGCCCAGGGAAGACUGUAAGCAUCGUGGUUCGGGGAUCCAACAAGCUUGUGAUUGAGGAGGCAGAGCGCUCCAUCCAUGACGCGCUGUGUGUCAUUCGCUGCUUGGUCAAGAAGAGGGCUCUGAUAGCUGGCGGUGGCGCUCCGGAGAUCGAGCUGGCGGUGCGUCUGGCAGAGUACUCACGCACCAUGGGGGGCAUGGAGGCCUACUGCGUGCGGGCGUAUGCCGACGCUCUGGAGGUCAUACCCUCGACGCUGGCUGAGAACGCAGGCCUCAACCCCAUCUCCACGGUGACGGAGCUCCGCAACAGACACGCACAUGGAGACAAGAUGGCUGGCAUCAACGUCCGCAAGGGAGGCAUCUCCAACAUCCUGGAGGAGCUGGUGGUGCAGCCUCUGCUGGUUUCUAUCAGCGCUCUAACUCUGGCCACAGAGACGGUCCGCAGCAUCCUCAAGAUUGACGAUGUGGUGAACACCCGAUAGGCCUGUCCUGUGAUGGAUGACGCAGUCAGCUUGUUCUGUCAGGGAUCAGAAGACCUCUGACAUCCGUCAGCUCAGCUUUCCACUGUAGUUGUUACGUUGCCUAAUUUAAAUAAAAAGGCUUGUUUUUUUGUUGACA